AUGGCGGCGAACUUCAGCUCUGCAGAAGACAUCUGUGAUAGAGAGAACUGUCAAUCAUUCACAAAUGUGACGUACUACGUGAAGGAGAAGAAGAAGCUCUGCGAUGACAGCACCUCCAAAGAGGAAUGCAUCGGAAAAGCUAGAAAGGGUAGGCCCAAUCUGUAUUGUGAGAAGCAUGAUGGUGAAGAAAUCAAACUGUAUUGUAAAACACAUAAUGUAGCAGUGUGUCAAUUAUGCGCAAUGAUAUAUCAUCAGCAACCUUGUAUGCGACAGGAUAUAGAGGGCGCCAUCUUGGAUAUUAGAGUAAAACUAAACAUUCUAAAAGAAAAGGUAAAUGACAAAUUGGAGGUUUGUCGAGUUUAUGGAGAUCAGAUUCAUCAGUGUAGGAAAGACACCGACACCUAUCUACAAGCUUUGAAAGAUGAAGUUGAUUCGGUAAUCAAUGAAGCGAUCCAAACAGAGAAAGACAAAGAGAAGGAGGAUGCUGCAGAAAUCAACCAGGAGAUUGAUGAGAAGAAUCAGAAACUUCAAGAUGAGAUUAAACAAAUCAAUAAAAAGAUGCAAAAGAACGAUGAGGAGAGAGAGAAGCGACUUGAGCUAAACCAUUAUAAUGCAGAGAAAAGACGAGAACCCAUUAACAACAAACAGCAUGUUCUGCAAACAGACAUUCAAAACAUCGCUGAAGAGAAAGAGAAAAAGAUUGGACAGUUGGAGAUAUCUUGGCAAGAUAACACGAAAACCACAGAGACCACAAUUCAGACCCUUCAUACAGUACUCAAAGAUGAUUCAAAUGUCGUCAAAGAUGGGCAUCGUGUUAAAACAUCAGUGGGUGAUGAAUUAAAGAAACCAAUGAAUGAGGGUGAGGUGAAACAAAUCACUGAGGCUUUAUCGGUUGUGAGGUUUGUGAAGGGUGCUGGGAGAAAGAAGUAUGAUGGGAGAAUGGAUGGGUAUGAUGGGGAGUGGACGCUCAUUGAUACAAUCAAUGUCAGUGAUAAAAUCACAUACCCAGCCGUUGUAGGAUGCAUUAAUGAAUACAAUGUGAUCAUCACAGAUGAAGAUAGCCUACAUACUUACAUGUUAGAUAUUGACACUAAAAACAGUCAGAGAGUGAUAACCAGUAGUGAUACAUCAUGGGUUACCUCCUGUGAACUGCUGAAUGAUGACAAGGUAGUAUGCGGUAAAUACGGUAAAGGGUGUACAGGAGAGAGUUUGACUGGAUGCAUCGAUGUUUAUGACAGACAAUGGAAGUACAUCAAUGACGUCACAAUACCAAGAAACACGACGCGUAAUGAAACAAGGGUGGAUGUAGCUGUUGACCAGUAUGGGAUGAUCAUCGCAGCUGAGUUUGGUCAGUCUAAGAUAUACGUCAUCAACCCUGCUGAUGGUAAGAUUAUGAAUACCAUCACAUGUAAACAGAAUAUAAUAAUGCGUGGUGUACUAUCAUCAGGUCACAUCAUUGCUCAACCCUACCCAGAAGAUCACAGAGUGUUCAUCAUCGACAGACAGGGUGGCCAAAGGGAAAUCCCCCACAGUGGUGUCAUCCUGAAUGCCUGCAUCGAUCCAAUGACAGACGACCUCUAUGUCGUGACAUUAGAUGAUGGAAGCAAGACGUGUGUGAUUGAUCAGAGAUUAAAGAAGAUUCAAACUUAG